AUGGAAACAACAGGUGUUAGCGUUGAUCCUACGAGUUCUGAUAAUCAUGCGACUAAUAGUCCGAAUUCAUCAAACCCCACAUCACCGACGAUGCGGAGGAUAAGUAGUAGCAGUUCUUCGCCGAGAGCGAUGUCGUCUUCUCCGUUUCCGAUAAUUCGUUUCUUACAAGCACCUGUAACAACUAUAAUUGAAUACUCGGGUGUUCUUCGACCUAGGUCGAAUACCGAUUAUCACGAAUCAGAGAGCUUGAUUUCUAACCAUCAUCAUCGUGAUCAUAACUCGAGUGGUUCCAGUACUGCUAGUAAUAGAAGUAGUAAUGGUGAGAAUAGCAAUGGGGAGGUUUCGAUUCGGAUAAUGGGUGAUGUAGACCAAGAAGAGGAGCGUGGUGAACCGGUUGCAGUGAACCAUGAAGAUGGUGGAGGAGAAAGGGAGGUGGCUGAUUCCGGUGAUGGAAGUGGUGGUAAUGGCGGGAGUAAUAAUAACGUGGAUUCAGCAUAUCAACAGCGGUAUGAUUUGCAACAGGUUUCAAGGUGGAUUGAACAGAUUCUUCCAUAG